AUAACUCCUGUUGUACUUUGGCUGUGUCCAACAGUAAUCACCUUAAUAUCCCAGUAAUAUAACUGUUGGCCUAACGUUACAUUACUGUCUCUUUAUAUGCUGGGUAUCAUAAUUACAGCUGUGAAAUGUCGCUUUAAAGAGUUCUUUGAGUGUUUACCACUGCUGUCGUAUGUUGGUGGUUACCAAAUAUGUGUAGUUAUCACUGUAGUGGUUUAUAUUAUCAGAGGCUGCUUUUUGCGUAAAGCUCCUGCCAGUAGGCCUAUUGUCAAACUGAAUGAACUGCAGAGUGUGUUUUUCGUGUGAUUGUUUGAAACAGAGAGUUUGGUUGACUCUGGCAGUUUUGUUUCAAAUGGACAACAAUAGUCCGUCAGUAGGGAAAGGAUCUAGUUUAUCCUCACAGCACUUACCAGCACUAUAUGCUUAAUUAACCAAGGUUAUCAUUGAAUCAAUGGAUGCUUCAGUGGUGACCUACUCUCAGCUGAAGACAAUGCUGUCCAACCGAGACAUUCAGCUGUUUGAUGUAAGAAAUCCUGAUGAAUACCAGGCUGGGCGCAUUCCAGAUGCUGUCAACAUCCCACUGGGCAACCUGGAGGAGUCUCUGAAGCUGUCCCCAGAGCGUUUUAAGCAGACGUUUGAAGUGAAGAAUCCUGGGAAAGAUGACGACAACAUUGUGUUUCACUGCAAAAGUGGCAACAGGAGCGCCAAAGCACUGAACAUCGCCCGUCAGCUGGGAUUUAGCAGGGCGAGACAUUAUAAAGGAGGGUACAGUGAGUGGGCAGAGCAAGAAGGAAAAUGAAUCCGGACUAAAUGCUGCGCUUUACCUCUAUAUCAAAAGUACAGCUAAUACAAAACUACAGAAUAUAAAUGAGUGAUGUCUUGAGCAACAUUGACUUGACUGUUUAUAAGUUACAAAUCAGAUUCACAUUAAAUUAUAUACACAUUUUAACUUGUCUUUGAAUGGAUUUGUAGACCUGCAGUUUGUCCCUUUCACACUACACACUAUUGUUUUUCAAUUUUUUCAGCUAUAUAGUAAUUGUCGUAGUUUACUGUUUUUGUACUUAGCAUCAUAAAAAUAUCAGCAUCCUUAACCAGUUUCUCCAUUUCCUUUUGUGCAAGUUUUGAGUGCUCUUGAUUUUGUCUCUUUUCGAGUGUGAACAUACUCAGACAUACAUACUCAAACCCUGCUUUAAAUAAAUGUGUAGUUUGGA